AUGAGGAUCUGUUUAGCCAUAGCUGCGGUGACUUUCCUACUGCCAGCGUUUGUCUCAGGAGACACCUUAUGUCCUACUGGAAAAAUUGAGUAUGAUGAGAUCUAUGAUUAUAUCGUGCCAGCAGUUACGCGCGCAAGAGGAAACCUAAAGGAGAGGCUUGUAAAAAACGGUCCCGAUGGAGAUUAUUUACCAGAGGCGUGGGACAUGGAAAAUUUGGUCAGCAGCGCGCAGGGCGUGCACGACGACAGCGAUUCGUCCCGUAUGUUCCGGAUGAUCGAUACCGUAGUCUAA